UGCCGCGAGGGUGGGGGGUGUUGCUGCACGCGCCGGAGGGGCGAGGCCGGAGGAUCCGGAGUGGGGGAAUAUCACCUCCGUGAAACUCAAACACCCGCCACGAGUGAGUCUCACAGUCGGCGCGGGACUGCGCUACAAGGAACGUCGAAUUUUUUUGUUACGCGACGCAUUUUGACCUCCACGUUAUCACUUGCCUUCCUUGUUCUCGUCGUCGUUGUCGUCUUCAUCAUCCUCAGUAUCAACGUCAUCGACGAAAUCAAACCUUACGUCACCCUCAUUCUCGUCCUCGCAGUCGUCACCGUCGUCGUCAUCGCCAUCUACUCUUCCCCGUUCCUUCUUGGUCCUUUCCCUCGCGCACGUAUCGGCCGACGGCGUGCGAUUCGCAACAAAAAGUUCUUCCUCCCAGUGUGGCUGCUACUCAUCCUACUCCACUCCGUCGGACCUUGUCCUGCUGCAACGACAUGUCGACGACACAACCACGCGCGGGAUAACGCAGCCUCCAGCCGUGGCCAGAGGUCACUGGAUUCCUUCCACCUCACAUUCCAGUCUUGCCUGGUGCUCUUAUUCGUUUAUUCACUGAUUCAAUCAGGCAGUGAUAGAAUUUCAUUUCGCAUUCGAAUCACCGUACCGCCGAGGGACGAAGAGUAUUCGAAUAUCGUCUCAAGAGAUUAAUGUUUUGAGUGAACAAGUGAGUAAUUUGAUGGCGAUCGGUUGUUGUGGCUACACAUGGUGCGCGGAACCUUUGCCCCCCUGUGCCUGCUCGAACCUGGACGGAUCUUAGGUGACAUGACUGGCCCCCCCCCGUCAGUUACGUCAACGGAUCAUGGGACUUCCCCGAAGAGAGACGUACUUCUGUCGGUGCUGAGGAGACGCGAGAGGCGAUAACUUAAUCUUUUACUGCCGAGAGCUUGACGCCUGAAUAAAGGACGACUGCAGGACGUGCCUUGUCAAGUGUUGCGAUGCUGCAACCAAUUUCUCGAAUUAUGUAGCCAGAUUGCGCGAGUUGUUUGGAAAUGAAAAGUCAAGGAAGCUUUCGCUCAUGAAAGUUUGAAUCAUGCGAUAACGAGACGAAAUAACAAAGUUGUUACUUUUGCUGAUAAAAAUUAUGAAUUGAACGUGCUGUUAUUGUUGCUGUUGCUGUUGCUUCGCUCUGGUCGAAAUUUCGUUGAUGGUGCUGAUAUUGGUGCUACUAGUGACAGUGCUGAUGUUAUUGGCUGCGUUGGUGCUAGUGGACUUUUUCGAAAAGUCAUCGACGAUUCAAGUGAUUGGUCGUCUGAUUGGUGUGACAGACGACACAGCGAAUUUCGUUUUUAAAGAAAUAGCGUCGAUGUGUGCGCCAGUGUGGUCCCACCAACUGGAAAAGCUGAACGUGCUGUCGUCCCCUCUCGUUCUGGUUUCGCCCUUCCAGCCUGCCAGCCGACCCAAAGCCGACUGUGACAAUAGAUAAAAGCGAAAAAGGUGGGAGGGAGGAGAAUCGCGGUAGGAGGGGAGGCGUCGGUGGGAGAAGGGUCAGUAAGGGCAAGAAGGGGCCCAGGCGGCGGGUGCCGCGUCUCAUCGAUGACGAUGGCCGAGAGCGCCGUGGAGGACGCCGCGGCGCCCCCAGGGCCAACGAAGCCACCUCCAUGUACAAAUAACAACACGCUCGCCGCGACGGCGAACCGUAAUCAUCGGCCGCGCAAGCGGAAGCGGCUCUCCCAGGUCCUGGAUAUCCUUCAGGCGCACAGAAGCUCACCCUCCGAAGGAGAAGUCUUCAGAUUCGACGGGUCCGUCGUGUCGGAGGAGGACGAGGACGUAUUCGGUUCGCCCAGAUCGUCGAACCUCGAGAGUCCAGGCAUUACUUUCUCUCCGUUGCGACUCAAGGAGGAAGGUAGUCCCUCUUCUUCGGCGCCCGUAAAUGUCUCGACGAGCGGGCCUGGGCAGGGCCCAGCGUCGGCGUCCGUCCCGGCAGCCUCGACCAUUGCGUCGGUCUCAACUAACGCGAGAAUGGCUGAUACCACCCCGACGCCCAUUCAGAUGCCAAAGUCUAUGGCAGUCGUGGACGAGGAGGAAGCCGAUAUCCACCCACGUCGCAGCAAUCUUCAGUUGAGCAAUCAUCAUCGGCACCAUCGUCAUCGUCAUCAUCAUCCAGCGCCAAAAUACUCGGGUUGCGGAUGUACCAACUGCACGGCUUCCUCCGGGAUGCUGCUUCCGUCGCCGACUUCACCUCUCGCGCCUCUCGGACCCCUUGGUACCCUCGCCCCUUUGACGCCCCUGACGCCCCUGUCCCUGACUCCUCUCACGCCAGUCUCACCCACGCCAUACAGCUUCGAGCACUAUCUCCACACCAAGUACCUUCCGGACAUCUUCCCAAGACGAAGCCAGUCAGACUCCUCGGAUGUGCCGAUCUGGGAGUCACCCCGUGGCCUGCUGACAGUCCCUUCUCAGAGCGCUCACCAGCGUCAGCAUUCGCGUUUGCAAUCACAUUCGGAGACGGAGGUUGAAGCGGAAGCGGACCUGACAGCGGCAGCCGGAAGUCGUCACCGAAAGGCUCUCGGGGAACAUGGCUCGACGGUGGGAUGCCCUCAGGAGUCGCCGCUCGACCUCUCGAUGAAGAACGUCGCCGUGGUGGCCGUAGCAGCGGUGGCAGCGGCGGCCGCGGCAGCAGCUGCAGCCGUUUCGACGUGCUCCUCGUCCUCGUCGCAGUCUCAGUCCUCAUCGUUGUCUUCUUCGAAUUCGGCGAAGCCACCGGCGCUCCAGUUGCUGCCGCCCGGUAUCGUGACGAGUCGCGGAGCGGUGAGCGUCCCGGUGGUGCGGGGCGACGUGGCGUCGCCGACCACCAAGGAGAGCGUCGCCGUGCGCUACAAUCUCGAGGUGUCGCCCGUCGUCGAGGAGAUGCCGCCCGGGGCCGACGUGGCCUACGUGUGUCCGGUGUGCGGUCAGAUGUUUAGCCUUCACGAUCGGCUUGCCAAGCAUAUGGCUUCGAGGCAUCGCCGCCAGGGCGCGCAGGACGCCUCCGCGAAAGCCUACCUCUGUGACGUUUGCAAGCGCAGCUUCGCCAGGUCGGACAUGCUCACGCGGCACAUGAGGCUGCACACCGGCGUGAAGCCGUACACCUGCCGGGUGUGCGGCCAAGUCUUCAGCAGGUCGGAUCACCUGAGCACUCAUCAGCGCACCCACACGGGCGAGAAGCCCUACAAGUGUCCGCAAUGUCCGUACGCGGCUUGUCGCCGCGACAUGAUCACCAGACACAUGAGGACCCACGCGUCUCCGCGCUACCCCGACGGCGCCCAGACGCCCAAGACGGAGCUCGUGGUGCCAGGCCUCGAGAGUCCAGAGUCACCCUCGUCUCGCGCCCUGGCCGUUGCGCCCUCGCCCUCCCCGUCGCCCACCUUCGGUUCAACGGCUACACCCGUGUCCACUCCUACGCCGACGCCGACGCCGACGCCCUCUCCUUCGCCCGCAGCCCUCAAGACUGAAUGACCGAGCGACCAUCUUCAUGGCUGCACGGGAGGAGCUACCAGCUCGAUCUUCGACUGAGGAGGUGUCCUGUCAUUCUGGUCUUCGACGCCAGGAGGCGACAUCUCAUCGAGAGGGGACAGUGACCCACAGUAUUAUCGUAUUGUUCAUCGAGGUGGAUGAUCGCGCAAAUAAGAGGGAAAGGCUUUUUCUCGCAGAUCUACUAUAUCUGCUUCUUCUAUAGAUAAGUGUGUUUGCGCCUGUCUCCGCGUAGCUACGUACUUGCACGUAUAGUCGUGGCGAAUCUCUCGGGAAGCUGCUACUUCGAGACGCCCGCCUUCUUCUCCCCCUUCUCCCAGUCCUUGACCCGUCCGCCCUCCCUUCUCCUCCCUUCGCUCCUCUUGACUUCACCCCUCCCCUCCUCACUCCGAUCUACGGACUGUGUGAGGCUCCAGUGCCCACGAUGAAGUUGCCAGAAACAGGCAAAUGCAUUCCUAUUAAAUAGGCGAAAAGCCACGCACACGAGGACGGACUGUCGGCCGAAUCUUUUGCGAAAAAUUAUUUGUAAAUAGUUCUCCGUUGGCUAAACCAUCGGCAAAAGAUUUGGCCCAUCCUUCUUCCUUCUGCCUUGUGACUUUCUCCACUUCCUUUGACGAUCCUCUUUAUCGUCUCCUGUUCCCUUAUCCAUUAUUCUUACGUAGUAUGUCGUGUUCCGCCAGUGACAUUCCCCGGGAGUGUCUUCGUACGCGCGAAAGUAUUCAUGUGCCAAAUUGAAACGGUCAGUCCAACUAACUUACGAUCUAUUUUCUACAAUAAGAUAUCUAUACUCUGUAAGAAACUUUGCGGAUCGCUCGAAUUUAGCUUCGAAGGGAGUCUGUGUGGAAAAUAUUGGCCAGAGGUGGCGUCCGAAUGACGGAUCCCGCGCCCUUGUCCUUCGAAGGCAAAAGGAAAGCGUACCUGCGAACGAAUCAAGUGUGUAAAUUAAGAAAGGGGUGCCCACGUUGGAACGGCUAGUGGAUUCUCGCGAUUCGCACGAUUGCCGCUCUACGUGAGCGAGCGAGUUAAUUGAAAAAAAAACAAAAGAUAACGAAAUAAUGACACAGGAAUCGCAUGUUGUUGUGUUUCUAGAAGGUGUAGUCUAAGGAAAAUUGAAAUUGAAUAUUUUUUAUACACGGUGAAGAUUUUUGCUAAAGACUUUUACGAAAAAAACAAAAAAACAAAAAAAAAAGAUUUUGAUCGAGCUGCGUCAUUUGUUACAGUAGAUAUAAGCUGGUUGUGCAGGGCAUGACCGUUUUCCUGCCUUACGUUUUCCACUCUGCUUUCACUUUUACUGUCACUCUGGUUACGUACUUACGCGCAGCCCCUUUCCUCAGUAGCGUAUUUCCAAAUUCCUCUGCCGUUCCUUUCCACUUUUCGAGAAAAGGACGCGGAAUACAUAUCGCGCCCCAAUGACAAAUGUCGCCUUGUAUUUUUGUAUAUCGAGAUUUUUUUUUUAAUGAUUAAGCGUGUCGUUUAGGACAGAGAAUAGCCGUUAAGUUUGAUAUUUCGAUAUCCGUUACCGAAGAUCUCCGGUACCUCCUCUCUUAUCACUGUCCUUAAUCAGUCACGGUAGAGGACGCGACUGAGGGGGCCAGAGAGUGAUAGGGAGGGAUAGAGAGGACGACGCAGUAUGUCGUCGAAGAAAGAAACGUGCUCGUAAGGGAAAAAGAGUGUGGACUCUCGAGGCAAGGUCCAUGCGCCGCGUCGACGUUUGAGCUAUUGCCGAUCGUCACGUUGGAGGAUUCCUCGUGUAAUUAUUAAAAUUCCGCCAUCCGUACGUUUAUUGUAAUUCUAGUUACGUUGUUAAGUGAUUAAUCAUGUUUAAUGCUUGUGUUAUUUAUUUUGUUAUUUCGUUGCCAAGAGCCCCGCCCUAUUGUCGGUGUUAAAGCGACGUAACGCCAAUCCGCGGGCGUGUAAGCCCCACGGAAAGGACGAUCGGCAGAUUGUCAAUGUAGCCUUGUGUGCAUUUACUAUUGUUAUGAAUAUGUUGAGCAUGUUAAUGAUCCGGUUAACGUAAGUCGUAUUGUUGAGCGGAUGUGGCGUAGCAAGAUAUUUCAUUGUCAGUUUGUCCCAUUCCCGUUUUAAUUAUUUAUCGUCGGGACGAUCGGCUCGGCGAAUCCUGGCCAAAUGUAUUUUUCUAAUUCUAGCAGACGAGACGACCAACACUUAAGUCUUAACUGUGUGUAUAAAUUAUUGAUGAUUGUGUAUGUUUAUUUAUAAAACAUGUUGUGUUUACGAAUCGUGUCAGAAUGGAAGAAAUAUAAUUUUUGAACGAA